AUGACGUCAAACGGUACCUCAGAGUCACCCAAACUUCUCCGACGAUCGACAACCGUCCACUCCACGCCCGCCUUCAAUCCCCAGUCACCUCCCAAACCACGGCGGUUACACCUCCUCCCUCCUCCAUCCCACCAUGGGCCCGCCGCCACAAAUCCCUAUGGUACAAACCAGCAUGGAAUACAGAAGUACCAUCAUGGGUUCUUCGAUCCUUCUCUUGCCCCCUUGAGAGCGGCGUACAUGAAGAUAAUGGGGAUGAUGACCAUCGUCAUCGUCCUCAUCCUCUGGGCUUGUCUUCCACUCUACUGGGGGUCAUUCUGGCUCGAACUGACCCACUCGCCCGGCCUAAACGCCUGGGUCGUGAACCGCGACCCGAACGGGCUCAUCGGCCAGUUUGUCACUCAAGCGAUGGUCAACUCCAGUCACGGGAUGUGGGACCCCAUCCCCGAGGGUCACCUUGGCUGGCAAGUCGUAUCCCCUUCCCAAGCAGGCUCCGACCAGGACAUAGAAGACGCCGUAGCAGUGCACGAGACGGUCUGGGUCGUCCUCGUCAUCCAAGAGAACGCGACUGCCAUCCUAGAAGAAGCCCGCGCGAACGGGGAUCCAAGCUACGAUCCUACAAAAGUCCUCACCUGGUAUUUCUCUGAAGCGAGGAACGAGAUUGCCACGGAUACGAUUAUCCAAGAACUGAUCGACUAUAUCCUGGGCCUCACGAGCGCGAGGCUCAACACGCUCCUCGCUGCUGAGUACCUGCAGCAGAUACAGGGGAACGUCACUGCUCUCGCGAACUUGGCACAGGCACCGCAGACGAUCUCGGGCCCCGUAUCGAUCACUAUGGUCAACCUUAGGCCUUAUACUGACCCGACGGCGCUCGCGGUCGAGCUGGUGGGUUCGAUCUACCUGAUCAUCGUCGCCUUCAUCUGGUCCAACGGGCACGCCCAAGCACGAAUGCUCAUCUCUCCCCACCUUCGCACGCGCUCCUACCUCAUCCUCCGGAUCGUUGCCCCGCUGAUAUCCUACCUCCCCCUGUCCCUAGCAUUCAGCAUGAUCUCGCUCCCCUUCAAGCUCCCAUUCGACGGGAAAUACUCAUACGCGGGCGGGUUCUUUCUUUACUGGUGCUAUUGCUAUCUAGCGAUGUGCGCACUCGGCCUAGCGAUAGAAGCGAUGAUCACCCUCCUCACACCGCGCUUCGCGUUCCUCUUCCUCAUCCCGUGGAUCAUCACGAAUGUCUCUGUAGCACAAACACCGUUCGAGCUCGGCGCGUGGUUCUAUCGCUACGGAUACGGAUUCCCGGUAUUCAACCUCGCCCAAGCCGUUCGCACCAUCUUGUUCAACACGCGGAAUGCUCUGGGCCUGAACGCGGCCGUCCUCCUCUCCUGGGCGGGGCUGAGCCUGAUAACCAUGCCGACAUUUACGCUGCUCAUGCGCUCGCUUGAGAUGCGCAAGGCGCGCAAGGAGAUCAGAGAGGCGAACGUGGCGCGGAAAGAGAAUGUGGAUGUGGAUGUCGGGUAUGAGGGCGGUGGGACGCUUGCUCAGGAGGAUACGGCGAGUGAUUCAGAUGUGGUCGAACGGGGUGGGAAGGUUGCGAACGGAGGUUCUCUGACAGGUGUUUAGGCGCGUUCUGCAUGCGCCCUUUCAAUUGAUUACCACUGGCAGACGGAACGCAGUGGUUCGUCAUCAGGGAUCUGGACAUAAUACAUGUAGCAAUUACCAACAAUAGACUCGAGGAUAAU